AUGGCGAAGACUAAACAGAGCAUGAAUGCAAGGUUAGAGGAUUGGCGAGCAGUUUUAGAGGGCAAAGGUAUAAGAAUUAGUCGCUCCAAGACUGAGUAUCUUUAUUGUAAUUUCAGUGGUGCGGGCGAUGACGAUGACAAUCAAAUUACUAUUGACGAUCAACAGGUUCCGCAAGUUACUAAGUUCAAGUAUUUAGGAUCGUUUGUAAAAAGGGGCGGGGAGAUAGAUAGCGAUGUAGCACAUCCCAUCCAGGCUAGUUGGUGUAGGUGGAGAGCAACUACUGGGGUUUUGUGCGGUAAAAGGUUCCCAACUAAAUUAAAGGGGAAAGUUUAUAGGUUGAUGAACGAAACAUUCAGUGACGCCAUCGGUAAGUACAUAGAAGUGUACAUGGAUGAUCUGGUAAUCAUGAGCAAGGAGAAGAGCGCGAUGCUGACAAAUAUCCAGAAGACCUUCAACACGCUGUGCAGCGUAAGCAUCAAACUGAAUCCAGCAAAGUGCUCAUUCGGAAUGGAAGAAGGAAAGUUUUUGGGCUUCGUAGUCAUUAAAGAUGGUUUUAAGGUGAAUCCAGAAAAGGUCCAGGCCAUAGAAAGGAUGCCUUCACCAGCAAACGUCAAAGACAUGCAAAAGCUUGCAGGACGAUUGGCAGCACUCAAUCGGUUCCUAGCUAACCACGCUGCAAAAUCUUUCCCAUUCAUCAAGACCUUGCGCAACUCUUCCGACAAGGCAGUCGGAGCCGUACUGCUUGUUGAUCGUCAAGGUGUCCAAACACCUGUGUAUUAUGUGUCUAGAACCUUGACCGACCCAGAAACCAGAUACGCAAUCAUGGAAAAGCUUGUCCUUGCACUGAUUCACGCGUCAAGAAGGCUGCGCAGAUAUUUCGCCAAUCACGUCAUCCACGUGCUAACAAACUACAAUAUUGGGAAUAUCCUAGCAAGGCCAGAAGUAUCAGGAAGGUUGGCCAAAUGGGCAAUAGAGCUAGGGGGACACAAUGUGGUUUUCAGACCACGUCCAUCAAUCAAGGGCCAAGUCUUGGCAGAUUUUAUGACAGAAGUGCCAGACGACAAAGACAGAGAAUGCAAGGCGAUGGAGAAAGCUGAGAAAAAACAAACAGAAGAGCCAUGGCUACUGUACACAGAUGGUGCAUCCAACGAAGAUGGGGCAGGCGCAGGGCUAAGGCUAGUAAGCCCUGACAAACAUGAGUUCACAUACGCCAUACGCCUAGACUUCAAGAGCACAAACAAUGAAGCAGAGUAUGAAGCCUUUCUGGCCGGCUUGCGUUUGGCAAUCAAAAUGGGGGUCCGACACAUCGAAGCACAUGUGGACUCCAUGUUAGUAGCAGGCCAAAUCAACGGCCAGUAUGAAGUCAAGGGCGACAUAAUGGCACUCUAUCUCAACCAAGCGAAGACGUUGUUACAAACUUCCUAUUCCUACAAGGUGCAUCACAUAAACCGCAGCGAAAACAAGCCGGCAGAUGCUUUGAGCAAGCUUGCGUCGACAAGUUUCCAACACCUAGCAAAGGAUGUGCGCAUAGAAGUUUUGAGCAACCCAUCUGUUCCACUCAGAGAAGUCAGCGUCAUCCAAACAGGAACCACGUCCUGGAUGACACCCAUAAUCAUGUACUUACAGUCCGGGAUACUUCCAGAAAACAAAGCUGAGGCGCGAAAGAUACAAUAUAAAUCAGAACAUUAUCAGAUGGCAUACGGGAUACUGUAUCGAAAGUCAUAUCUCGGCCCGCUGCUAAGAUGUGUUGAUGCCGACGACGCAAACUAUCUGAUCCGGGAAGUACAUGAAGGCAUUUGUGGUAUCCAUACCGGGCCGCGAAUGGUAGUGGCAAAAGUAAUGAAUGUCGGAUACUACUGGCCCGGGAUGCACCUCGAUGCCGUGAAAGAGUUGAGAAAAUGCAGUGGCUGUCAGAGGCACGCACCGAAAACCAUGCGCCCCAAAAACGAGCUGGUACCAGUAACAACCGCAUGGCCUUUUCAGCAAUGGGGCAUAGACAUGGUGGGCCCCUUUCCAGAAGCUCCGGGGCAGUUAAGUUCAUCAUAG